AUUUAGCAUUAGCGAACGGUCUAUCCAAAUCUAAUCCUAGUAAUGUCUCUACUGGACAAGCGAACGAAUCGGUCCGAAAACUAACGACUAGGCACGAAAAUCUCCGAAAUUCCCCGUGAGCAACCUGUGAGCGAGCGAGUGAGUGGAGGGAGACGCGUGAUUGAAGGGACGAACGGGGGAGCCUCCAACCGCCCGCUGUGGAGAAGGAGACCGCUGCAAGAAGUCUGUGAAGGAGAAACUCUGGACUCGCCGUUAGAAGGAAGGCGACGAUACGUUUGUCCCUUCCCUCUCAAGUCUCUGUACGAACACCAAUAACGGGAUUAUACGGCCGCGUGGCACAGUCGAAGAAGCCUUUACUUUAAUUUGCGGAAUCAGAACUGCCCUUGGCGAAGUGGAAAAAGUGGAUUUUUACGUCGCAAGUGCCUGGGGAACGAGCAGUCGCAGGGUGCGGAGAGACAUGCGAACGGCGGCGGUACGGAGAGACGGUUUUGGUCUAUGACUGCGUGAGAGGGACGAAUCGAGCGCCGAUCGCGGAGGAGCCGUGCCAACUCGGAACAUGGUGCCUAACGUUUGCCUGUCACUGCCCUUCUCAUCCUACUGGCUGCCUCUGCUGCUCCUGCUGGGCUGCGUGGUGUCCCCCUCGCAGGCAGACAGCUUGCCAAGUUUCGUUAAGACCCCGGAGGACCAGACCGGCAUCUCGGGCGGGGUGGCGUCCUUUGUCUGCCAGGCGGUGGGGGAGCCCAAACCCCGGAUCACGUGGAUGAAGAAGGGGAAGAAAGUCAGCUCGCAGCGCUUUGAGGUGAUAGAGUUUGAUGACGGAUCAGGCUCCGUCCUGCGUAUCCAGCCCCUGCGCACGCACCGGGACGAGGCCAUAUAUGAGUGCACGGCGACCAACAGCGUGGGGGAGAUAAACACCAGCGCCAAGCUCACCGUGCUCGAAGAGAACCAGAUUCCCCUGGGCUUCCCGAACAUUGACAUGGGCCCCCAGCUGAAGGUGGUGGAGCGCACGCGCACGGCCACCAUGCUCUGUGCCGCCAGUGGCAACCCAGACCCCGAGAUCUCCUGGUUCAAGGACUUCCUGCCCGUCGACAUCAAUAGCAGCAAUGGGCGAAUCAAGCAGCUUCGCUCAGGGGGUACGCCGAUCCGAGGAGCCCUGCAGAUCGAGAACAGCGACGAGUCGGACCAGGGGAAGUACGAAUGUGUGGCGAUGAACAGCGCGGGGACACGCUACUCUGCCCCUGCCAACCUCUAUGUGCGCGUUCGCCGCGUGCCGCCGCGCUUCUCCAUCCCGCCGGCCAACCAGGAGGUGAUGCCGGGCGGCAGCACCAACCUGACGUGCGUGGCGGUGGGCGCGCCCAUGCCCUACGUCAAGUGGAUGGUGGGCGACGUGGAGCUCACCAAGGAGGAGGAGAUGCCCGUGGGCCGCAACGUGCUGGAGCUCGCCAACAUCCGCCAGUCGGCCAACUACACCUGCGUGGCCAUCUCCUCGCUGGGCAUGAUCGAGGCCACCGCCCAGGUCACCGUCAAAGCACUUCCGAAGCCCCCCACGUCGCUGACUGUGACGGAGACGACAGCCACCAGCGUCACGCUGACGUGGGACUCGGGCAACCCGGAGCCUGUCUCCUACUACAUGAUCCAGUACCGCGCCAAGGCCGCGGACGUCGGCUUCCAGGAGGUGGACGGCGUGGCCACCACGCGCUACAGCAUCGGUGGCCUUAGCCCCUACUCGGAGUACGAGUUCCGCGUCAUGGCGGUGAACAACAUCGGGCGCGGGCCGCCGGGCGAGCCCGUGGAGACGCGCACCGGUGAGCAGGCACCAUCGUCGCCGCCGCGCCAGGUGCAAGCGCGCAUGCUGAGCGCCAGCACCAUGCUGGUGCAGUGGGAACCGCCCGAGGAGCCCAACGGCCAGGUGCGCGGCUACCGCGUCUACUACACCACGGAGGCCGAGGCCCCACCCAGCUCCUGGCAUAAGCACAACACGGACGACAGCCGCCUCACCACCAUCUCCGGCCUGAUCACGGACAUCACCUACAGCCUGCGCGUGCUGGGCUUCACGUCCGUGGGCGACGGCCCGCUGUCCGAGGCGCUGCAGGUCAAGACGCAGCAAGGAGUCCCAGCACAGCCGUCCGGGUUCGAGGCCGAGGCCGAGCUGGACACGCGCAUCAUGCUCAGGUGGCUGUGGCCUGUGCAGGAGCCGAUCACCAAGUAUGAGCUCCAGUACUGGGAGGCGGGAUCGGACAACAAGAUCGAAGUCACCUUUGGCCCGGCCGGCUCGUACGCUGUGGAGGGCCUGAAGCCAGACACGCCGUACAAGUUCUCGCUGGCGGCGUGCUCGGAGAUGGGAGUGGGGGUGUUCACCAAGCCCAUCGAAGCCCGCACGGCGCAGUCCACCCCUUCGGCCCCCCCCCAGGAUGUGCAGCUGCUCAGCCUGAGCUCCACCAGCAUCAAGGUGAGUUGGGCGGCCCCACCCGCCGCCAGCCGCCACGGCGCCAUCGUGCGCUACACCGUCGGCUACCAGGCCACCAGCGGCGAGGACCCCGAGCGCCACGAGGUGACCGACAUCGGCGCCGACGCCACCUGGCAGGUCCUGGAGGGCCUGGAGAAAUGGACGGAGUAUCAGGUGUGGGUGAGGGCCCACACAGACGUGGGCGCCGGGCCCGAGAGCGCCCCAGUACGCAUCCGAACCAACGAGGACGUGCCGGGUGCUCCGCCGCGGAAGCUGGAGGUCGAGGCCCUGAACGCCACAGCCAUCCGGGUGACAUGGAAGCCGCCGCUCUCGGGCAAGCAACAUGGCCAGAUCCGGGGCUACCAGGUGAUCUACUCGCGCCUGGAGAACGGCGAGCCGCGAGGGCAGCCCAGCAUCAUGGACGUGGCGCUGCCCGAGGCCCAGGAGGCCGUCAUCUCUGGACUGCUCUCCGAGACGUCCUACUCGGUGACGGUGGCAGCGUACACGACCAAGGGCGAUGGAGCUCGCAGCAAAGCCAAGGUCAUCAAAACGACGGGCGCAGUUCCCAGUAAGCCCACUAUGAUCAUCAGCACCACGGUGGAAAACACAGCCCUGGUCCAGUGGCAGCCCCCCAAGGAGGUCGCGGGCGAGCUGACGGGCUACCGGCUACGCUACAAACGUCUGGAGGAAGAGGCCUUCACCGUGCGGGAGUUCAAGCGCACAGAUGACCACUACACCGUCACGGGCCUGUACAAAGGCGCUACCUACAGCUUCCACCUGAGCGCCCGCAACCGGGCGGGCACCGGCGAGGAGCACGUGAAGGAAAUCGGCACGCAGGAGGACGUGCCGGCGGGCUUCCCGCUCAACCUCAGCGUAGUGGGCCUCACCACCACCACCACACGCCUCACCUGGGAGCCGCCGGCGCCGGCCGAGCGCAACGGGCGCAUCGUGCAGUAUGCCGUGGUGUACCGCGACAUCAACAGCCAGCAGAACAGCACCAACCGCACGGCUGACACGCACAUGACCCUCCACGGCCUCCGGCCCGACACCACCUACGACAUCCGCGUGCAGGCCUUCACCAGCAAGGGCGGCGGCCCCCUGAGCCCCAGCAUCCAGAGCAGGACCAUGUCCACGUCGCCGGCAUUCGCCACAAGCUUCGGCGUCAAGACGGUGAUGAAGACCUCCGUCCUUCUCACCUGGGAGCUGCCGGAGAACUUCAAAUCCCAAGUGCCUUUUAAGAUCCUGUACAACCAGCAGAGCGUGGAGGUGCAGGGGAACCUGAAGCGGAGGCUGAUCUCAGGCCUGAAGCCCGACACCAACUACUCCUUCGUGCUGAUGAGCAGGGGCAACAGCGCCGGCGGCCUACAGCAGCAGGUCUCCAUCCGCACCGCCCCCGACCUCCUCAAGACCAAGCCUGCCUACGUGUGGGCGGAGUCAGCCGGCGGAGGCGGCAAGCACGUCAUCAGUCUGCCCAAAGUGGUCACAGCGGCGUCCGUCAGGUGGUACUACAUUGUGGUGGUCCCGGGCCCCCUGGCGACCACGCGCAGAUGGGAGAACCCAGACGAGCUGGAGCUGGACGAGCUCCUGGACUCCAGCGAGGGCGCAGCCCUGAGACGCCGCCGACGCUACGCCGACAUCAGCAGGCCCUACAUAGCCGCCAGGCUGGCCACACUGCCAGACACCUUCACCCUCGGCGACGAGAAGAGCUACAACGGCUUCUACAACCGGCCCGUGGCCGUCAAUCAGUCGUACAAGUGCUUCGUCAUGGCUGAGCUGAAGGAGCAGCAUCUCCCAGCGGCCAAUGAGAAGCAGCGGAUGUUCUCGGCCAGCCCGUAUUCGGAGCUGGUGACGGUGGCGGGUGGAGGCAACGGCGUGGGGCGCAGCAUGGAGCAGCCUGAGAUGCUUUGGGUCAUGGGCCCCGUGCUCGCUGUCGUGCUCAUCGUCAUCAUCGUCAUCGCCAUCCUGCUCUUCAAGAGGAAACGAGCCUCCCCCUUGCCCAAGGAUGAGCACCUGGGCGGGGUGAAGGACUCUCUGCUGGCAAAUUCGUCUGAUCCUGUGGAGAUGAGAAGAAUCAACUACCAGACACCAGGAAUGCGGGAGCACCCGCCCAUCCCCGUGUGCGACCUGGCUGACCACAUCGAGCGCCUCAAGGCCAACGACGGUCUCCGCUUCUCACAGGAGUACGAGUCCAUCGACCCUGGCCAGCAGUUCACCUGGGAGAAUUCCAACAUGGAGGUCAACAAGCCCAAAAACCGCUAUGCCAACGUCAUCGCCUACGACCACUCCAGGGUUGUCCUGACCUCCGUGGACGCGGUUCCAGGAAGUGACUACAUCAACGCCAACUACAUCGAUGGCUACCGCAAGCAGAAUGCUUACAUUGCAACGCAGGGCCCCCUGCCUGAGACGCUCACCGACUUCUGGAGGAUGGUGUGGGAACAGAGAACGUGCACUGUUGUCAUGAUGACCAGAUUAGAGGAGAAGUCACGGGUGAAGUGCGAUCAAUACUGGCCUGCCCGGGGGACGGAGACGUACGGAAUGAUCCAGGUCACCAUGCUGGACACGGUGGAGCUGGCUACCUACAGUGUGCGCACCUUCGCUCUAUAUAAGAACGGCUCCAGCGAAAAGAGGGAAAUCAGGCAGUUCCAGUUCAUGGCCUGGCCAGAUCACGGCGUGCCCGAGUACCCCACUCCCAUCCUGGCCUUCCUGCGGCGGGUGAAGGCGUGCAACCCCCCUGACGCCGGGCCCAUGGUGGUCCACUGCAGUGCUGGCGUCGGCCGCACGGGCUGCCUGAUCGUCAUCGACGCCAUGCUGGAGCGCAUGAAGCACGAGAAGUCGGUGGACAUCUACGGCCACGUGACGUGCAUGCGCGCCCAGCGUAACUAUAUGGUCCAGACAGAGGACCAGUACGUCUUCAUCCACGAGGCCCUGCUGGAGGCGGCCACCUGCGGCAACACAGAGGUGCCCGCCCGCAACCUCUACGCCCACAUCCAGAAGCUCGGCCAGCCCCCGCCCGGCGACACCGUCAGCGCCAUGGAGCUCGAGUUCAAGCGGCUGGCCAACUCCAAGGCCCACACGUCUCGCUUCAUCAGCGCCAACCUGCCCUGCAACAAGUUCAAGAACCGCCUGGUCAACAUCAUGCCCUUCGAGUCGUCCCGCGUCUGCCUGCAGCCCAUCCGGGGCGUGGAAGGCUCUGACUACAUCAAUGCCAGCUGCAUCGACGGCUACAGACAGCAGAAGGCAUACAUUGCCACGCAGGGCCCCCUCGCCGAGACCACCGAGGACUUCUGGCGUAUGCUGUGGGAGCACAACUCCACCAUCGUAGUGAUGCUGACCAAAUUGAGAGAGAUGGGACGGGAGAAGUGUCAUCAGUACUGGCCUGCCGAGCGCUCAGCCCGGUACCAGUACUUCGUGGUGGACCCCAUGGCGGAGUACAACAUGCCUCAGUAUAUCCUGCGGGAGUUCAAAGUGACCGAUGCCAGGGAUGGCCAAUCACGAACGAUUCGCCAGUUCCAGUUCACUGAUUGGCCAGAGCAAGGAGUGCCAAAAACAGGCGAAGGAUUUAUCGAUUUCAUUGGCCAAGUGCACAAAACCAAGGAGCAGUUUGGCCAGGAUGGACCAAUCACUGUGCACUGCAGUGCGGGCGUGGGCAGGACCGGAGUGUUCAUCACUCUCAGCAUCGUGCUGGAGAGGAUGCGCUACGAGGGCGUGGUGGAUGUCUUCCAGACGGUGAAGACCCUGCGCACGCAGCGACCUGCCAUGGUGCAAACAGAGGACCAGUACCAGCUGUGCUACAGGGCGGCGCUAGAGUACCUGGGGAGCUUCGACCACUAUGCAACGUAACCACUCUUAGACCACCCCCCCCUCCCCCAUCACCCUCCGGACCAAUCCUUCGUUAAAGCAGCGAGCGUUUCCUUCUGAGCCACCAAGCUCCCGGCCCAUCCCGUACAGAGCGCUACCACAGGAGCCUCCGCCCACCCGACGGGCCCCUCCACCUGUGCAGACUGGCUCUGAGACAACCACAAGACAAAACGCAUCCUUAAAGCUCCUUGUGAAGCUCACAGGUUUGAAAGCCUUUUAAGGGUUCCAUCUUCAGCUCACGGCACCAACACCUGCAGUUGAAGGCAACUGGUAGCAUUUUGUUUGUUGUUCAUUUUUUAAAUCAAGUUAUCAUGUUAUUGUGAAAUUUGAGUAAAAAUAUAUUGUUAUUGCUUUUAUUUAGAAUAUUAAUUUUUUAAUCAUUUAACAUCUUUUGUCUUAAUGGCCCCUGUGGGUCUGUAUUCUCCGCAAUUUGUACUGUUUUUUGUUAUUUUGUUUGGGGUUUUUGUUUGGUUUAGGUUACUUUAGCACAAGGGACAUGUAUUUUUAACACGUUCCUAGAUACUAAUACAAGAGAGCCACUGCUCUCUGAGCUGCUGUCAGUUUUACUUUAUAACAUGGUUUUAUUGUUUCUUUUUUCCUUUAUAUGUAAUUGGCUUAUCUGGCGAAUUGGAGUGGGUUAACAUGUUGAUUUCCUGUCUCUUUGUAGAAAAGAAAACCAUGGGGAAAAAAAUCAACUGAAACGUACCUUUGUAAUUUGAGUUAAUGGUACUAAGUAAACACAUUUGCGGAAGAUGCACUCGAUUGAGUAAUACUUGUGGGGGGGCGGAGCAUAUACUUUAAAUAUAGCCAAACGACUAACGAAACUGAAAUAAGCACUGUACAGAAACCAGGAGAGGCAAGACUUUCCGAAGAGCCUUGUUAAACGGUGACCUUCGUUCUGAACGGAGCGCGUUCGUCAGGCGUGGGACAUAGCUGGGGUAAGAGAACACGGGGCUUCGCCCUGCCGGCGUCCUUGGUCAUGGCACACGGGGAGAGUCCUCAUCUCAGCAGCCUGUACAGUAUUAACCACUCCCCCAAGGGCAAGAGAACUCUACUUACCUUCCCCUCAACUGACCCGCUAUCCUUUUUAUACAGAAAUAUAGAUAUAUAUACAUCCGAGGAAUUAUAAAUACUGUUAUUCAUAUAGUAUAUAUACAGCAUCAAAUAUAUUGUCAAUCAUUCUCUGGAUUUUCUUGACAUACCAACAGAGGGGGAAAAAACUGAGACUGCUGUCGCGCCUAUGUGUUAAUGGUACAAAGUUAUAUCUGCUGUAUUAUCAUCACGCCCCCGGUUUUAGGCAUCCUCCAUGGUCUGAGCGAGACAGCACACAACAAACGGGGAGAAGUCAGUGCCGACGCGAGGAACAGCAGGCAUGAGCGGACUACAAAGACGCGUUAUGUUGGCAAAAAAGUUCAUUUUUAUCUUGUGAAUGACCCGUGCUGUAGAGGUUCGCUCUGUUGUAUACACGAUCUGUUUUCUAUUUGUUAAUGAGAAAACUGGAAUUCAAAUGUUUGGGGGGGACUUAAUGUUAAUAAAGUUGAAUAAUUGUUUUGUUCUUUUUGUACAAAACAUUUAAAGUGUCUUUUUGUAUUUUUUUGAAUGUAAUCUUUUUUGAUAGCAUGGAACACAUGUGCCUAGUUUUGAAGUAAAAGUUGAGCAUUCACAAAGGUGUGAGCUGUAAUGAUACAGUGGAUUCAGGAGACUGCACAACAGUGUACUGUUUAUUGCCUUAAUCUAAGUAAACUAAUUGUCUCUUUUAACCAUUAAUAUUGUAGACUAUAGAAGUUUGAAGAGUGAAUGCCUGUUUGUGUGUCCGUGUACCGCUGUUUUCUUGUACACAUCGCAUAAUCAUAACACUAUUUGGACAGUCCACUGGAGAUUGGCUGUAGACUAUGUUCAGCAAACUUUCAAAUAAAUAUUUUUUAAGCAUUGA